UUUUUUUUUUUUCUUUUUUUUUUUUUUUUCCAUUUUUUUUCCUUCCCCACCCCCGUUCCCUGUCGUGGAUGGUUUUUAGGUGGAGUCGUUUGCACCAAAACCCAAUAGCUGCUGCUGUUCUUGCUGUGAUUUUUUUUUUUUUUUUUUUAUAAUGAUACUGUUUCCACAGCAGGGGAAGAGAGAACUGAUCCUGAACGUCCUCCCAGAGAAUGAAUAAUCACAAGAAACUGGAUUAAGCAGCUCCCUUGGAUCUGGUGCAUGACUGGGAUUGAUUUGAUUUUAAAAUUAUUUUUUUUCCCAAGUCAUCAUUCACAUUUUAUUUUCUGCAUUUUUUAAUUAUUUUUUUCCUUUUUUUUUUCACCUUUUGGGGGAUUUGCAAACCGAAUUACAUGCAUGUCCAGUGGGGGAAGGUUCAAUUUUGACGAUGGAGGGUCAUACUGUGGAGGCUGGGAGGAUGGAAAGGCUCAUGGCCACGGAAUCUGUACUGGCCCAAAGGGUCAAGGUGAAUAUUCAGGGUCCUGGAGUCACGGCUUUGAGGUGCUGGGGGUCUACACUUGGCCCAGUGGCAACACUUACCAGGGCACCUGGGCGCAGGGCAAGCGCCAUGGCAUUGGCAUGGAGAGCAAGGGAAAGUGGGUGUACAAAGGAGAGUGGACCCAUGGAUUUAAGGGACGGUAUGGGGUUCGAGAAUGCACUGGAAAUGGGGCCAAGUAUGAAGGCACCUGGAGCAAUGGAUUACAGGAUGGAUAUGGGACAGAGACCUACUCGGAUGGAGGUAGGUGCUGCAUUGAUGCCUUCCUGGCUGGG